GGUCAGGAGCAGCGCAAGAUGGCGGCGCGCGGGGAGUGAGUGGCCGGUCUGCCCGGGGGAGCCGCAGUAUGUUCCGCUCGACCUGGCGCCGAGCACCAGGUCAAUCGGUUCUUAAUAUUUUUCACACUUUUCAGAAAGUAACAAUAUUAAAGGAAUUUCCGAGGAUUAUUGUCCAUCGUUACAGAUCAGGCAAUCGAGAAUGGAUCGCAUUCCAGCACUUUAAUCUCCCCAGGUGCCAGUAUGUAACCAAAGUUGAUCAGAGGCUACAUCAACGUGCAAAGCCGAAACCUGAACCAGUAGCAGCGACAACUUUUCCAGAAAACGGUGACACUGUUCUCCAUUCAGUGCAGCAAAUUCCUACAGUCACAUCUCACCCGUCCAGCCUUCAAGAGAGUGAUGGCAGCACAACACAGAGAGAUGAAACAGCUGAGGUAGCGGAGGACAAAGCAGAGGCACAUCAUGCCAGGGAGGCCAGGCAAUGGAAGGCGAUGAAGGUGCAGCUAUCAGACCUGCCAGGAAUCUAUGCAAGACUCUCCAAAAUAAAGCUUACAGCUUUAGUUGCAAUGACUGCAUCUGCCGGCUUUGCAAUGGCACCAGUGUCCUUCGACCUUAGCUGUUUCCUGCUUGCCUCUGUUGGAACAGGCCUGGCUUCCUGUGCUGCCAAUACCAUUAACCAGUUCUUUGAGGUUCCGUUUGAUUCCAACAUGAACAGAACAAAGAACAGACCUCUGGUCAGAGGGCAAAUUAGCCCUCUCCAUGGAGUCUCCUUUGCUGUAGCCUGCAGCGUGCCUGGGAUAGCUUUACUGGCCCUUGGAGUGAAUCCACUGACUGGAGCUUUGGGAGCCUUUAACAUUUUCCUCUACACGUGCAUCUACACGCCAAUGAAGCGGCUGAGCAUUGUCAACACAUGGGUGGGAUCCGUGGUUGGAGCCAUCCCGCCAGUCAUGGGCUGGACUGCAGCAACGGGUAGCAUCACUGCAGGUGCCUUGCUGUUGGGUGGCAUCCUGUACUGCUGGCAGUUCCCACACUUCAAUGCUUUGAGCUGGAAUCUACGAGAAGAUUAUUCUCGAGGAGGCUACUGCAUGAUGUCUGUCACUCACCCAGCGCUCUGCAAGCGUGUUGCGCUCCGUCACUGCCUUGGACUCAUUGGGCUCUCGACACUGGCUCCCGUCCUCGAUGUAACCACUUGGACUUUUCCGCUCAUUUCCCUCCCUAUCAACCUGUACAUCAGCUACCUCGGCUAUCGUUUUUACAGGAAUCCCGACCGCAGCAGUGCGCGAAGCUUGUUCUUCUGCAGCCUCUGGCACCUGCCCAUGCUGUUGCUGCUCAUGUUAACUUGCAAAAAGUCUCUGGUCAGAAAUGAUCCUGUGCAAACAGAACAUUAAUUUUCUUUGGGGGAAACUUCACAAGUUGGGAAAUAUUAUAUUGGUGCACUGUUGCGUGAUUUCAUCCAACGAGACAUUUCUGGGAAUUGUCGGGACCUCCUGUGCGUGGCUCAGAUAUCUGAACCACACUUUGUGUCUUCAAAUCCUAUGUUGAGUGUCUUCGUGUCACGUUGUCUAGGACGACAGCAUUCAAAUGUCAUUAAUGUGUUUGAACAUCAGGGAAACUUCUUGAGUGUUCAGCUUCUCAACGGUAACGUGGGGCUGAUGUGCACAACAUUCGAUUCGUUGUGGUUCUUAAAACAAAAUGGUAAAAUAUUUUGUUUGACUGAUCCUCCGGAAGAGAAAAUAACUCAGUGAGAGUUUCAGAAAUUCGACUGCACUUACUAAAGCUUUCAUCAAGUUUUGAAUUCAGUGCUUUUUUUAAAAUAAAAAGGAAUACCUCAACUUGAAAGGUAUCUCCAAGUGUGAGAUUUCAGAGCUUGUACCAAGCAUUCAUUCUCCAACUGAAGAGUGUUUGACGCUUGAUUGCACUGGAGUAUUGUGAUGAUAUUAAAGUUUUUUUUAACUAUUGCUUUGAAA